AAAACCCCUUAGAACUACUAGAAACCUCUAGAAACCUGUCCCUGAACAUCAUAUUCGAACACUUCAUUCCUUUCCUAUUCACGAAAUUUAAUACUUUUUGCAGUUCCAACUAAUUUUUAUUGUCAAUGCCAAGCCAUUCAACCAAGCUGAUUAUUCAAGGUAAUGUCUCGCAUUAUAUUAUUCAAUAGCAAAAUCAAAUGAAAUUGAUAAAUUACUGAUUAAUUACUAUCAAACAGCUUAUACAACAAUAGAUUAUUAAAUCACAAUUAUGAGGGAUUCAUUAAUACUAUUGAUGUUGAUAACAAUGCAAAUGUACCUUUAGUUCAUUAUGAAAACAUAAUGAAUAACAACAUGAGGAAGCAUGGCAUUAAAUAUGUAAAUAUCGAUGCCAAUAAAGGAGGAAUUUAUGUAGCACAAGAUGCUGGCAUGAAAGACAAUCGACAGUCUUUAGAUAACAGAAAUGAGAUACUUCAACCAUCAGAAAACACAGUUUAUGAACUUUAUACUCCACUCGUGAGCAUUUAUCGUUCGUAUCCAGUGGAUUUAAAUCAACAACAACUCAAAAAUGACAUAGAACAUCACUUGUUCGGGCCUGAACAAAGACGAGUGUUGGAUGCACUCUUUUCAAUUGAAAGUGUGCCUUUCCCAAAUCCAUUAAUUUUCUUGUCUGAGCCAAGCCCAUUACAUCAACAGCAACAUUCUAACGUAAACAUUCCAACAAAUAAUUUAAGGAGGUUUUACUUUCCAUCAUUCGAACAAAGUUUUACUCCAUCGUUUGGAAAUAGUUAUGGUGUGUUUCCUCAAAAUGGAGGUUUUCCUUCCUUCCCUCAAAGUGAUGGAUUUUCCUUGUCUCAACAAAACGGACGGUUUCCUUCAUUCCCACAAAAUAUAGGAUUUUCUUCAUUACCACAAAAUGGGGGCUAUCAGUACAAAUCAAGCAAUGGAUUUCCUUCAUUUCCACAAAAUAUAGGAUUUUCUUCAUUACCACAAAAUGGGGGAUAUCAGUAUAAGCCAAGCAAUGGAUUUCCUUCAUUUCAACAAGGUGGGGGAUAUCAUUCAUAUCCACUGACCGGAGGGUUUCCAUCAUCAACACAAACGAGAGAUUUUCCAUCCUUCUCACAAGAUAUGAACAGUAUGUUUAACUAUACAUUUGAUCCCAAAAGAUUCAAACCGGUAAUUAUUCAGGAUUCCAUGAUGAAAGAUGAAAAUGGAAAAACACCAGAUUUAAUUCAAGUUGGCAACAAUAACUUUAAUAUAAAAUCCAGUACACAACAUGGAAUUGUCCAGGUUAAUCCAAAUUGGAGAAAGACCGAAAUGCCAAUCAUAACAACAACAGAGUAUCCAGAUAUUGAUGAGACUUCAACAUUACAGGAUGAGACUACGACAUUCUUGGAUGAGUCUAUCGAUAGGAUAGACGAAAUUCUUAAAGAAUCACUUGUGGGUAAAUAACUUUGCUGAUAAACGGAAUGAUUCACUGAUAAAAUUGAUAAUAAAUUUACAACAUGUCAAUGCAGUUAAUUCUGGGGUUUUUAUUUUAUUUUAUUUUCGUUACGAAAUUAUUUCGCAUGAAAAUUGAUUAAGACCUUCAAAAAUGAUCAAACUUUAAUAAACUUUUGAAAUUUGAGACAUUGAAAAGUUAAUAAUAUUUUGGUCACGUUUUCAAUUUUUGUCAGAUUUAAAUGCCAUCAUGUAAGAGAUAAGAAGAAUAAAUCAAUUUUCCAUGAAAUAAGAGCAGCAGCCUCAAGUCCCUUUGAGAAGCUGGAUGAUUUAUGGCUGUGUAUAGUAAUGAAUAAUUUACACCCAAAAAAGUCAUAAAAUACAACUCAAUACAUUAACUUGGUGUCAGUUUGAUAUGAAAUUAUUCAUCAGUUUUUUGUUGUUGGAGC